GUCGGAUGGAAUAACCAAAAAUCAACUCUUAUCUCGUGUGUGUGUGAGAGUGAGAGAGAGAGACACAGACAGAGACAGAGAUGGGGAAAAGAAAGGGGCUAUCAGAGACCUCAGAAACCCUAAUUUCUAGAGGAAGAGGCGACGAUGAAAUGGUGGCUGAAGAAGAAAAAGGAGGGUUCUUUGCAUGCUAUCUGUUGACUUCUCUCAGCCCAAGGCACAAAGGCCACACUUACAUCGGAUUUACGGUGAAUCCACGCCGUCGAAUUAGACAGCAUAACGGCGAAAUUAGUUGUGGUGCUUGGAGGACAAAGACUAAGCGCCCAUGGGAAAUGGUUUUGUGCAUAUAUGGUUUCCCCACCAAUGUGUCUGCUCUUCAGUUUGAAUGGGCCUGGCAGCACCCACAUGAAUCAGUCGCGGUGAGAAAGGCAGCUGUAACUUUUAAAACCCUCUCCGGUAUUGCUAACAAGAUAAAACUGGCAUACACAAUGCUCACCCUUCCGUCAUGGCAGAGCCUGAACCUUAAGGUGAACUUUUUCUCGACAAAAUACAUGAAGCAUUCUGCUGGUUGCCCAAGCCUACCGGAUCAUAUGAAGGUCCAAUUUGGUUCAAUGGAUGAUCUUCCCUGCUAUUCGGGAAGCGAUUAUAAUGCAUAUGAAAAUGAAGAUGGCUGGGAUGAUGGUGAUAAAUUUGAAGGAACUGGUAUUGCAUGUGGAUUUACAGAAGAAAAAAUAACAGAUUUAACAGCUUCUAACUAUGCUGAUUAUCAGAAGAGAUUUGAAGAGACUACUUAUGAACAGAAUGGUGGACGGAUAGAAGACUUUGACACUGGACAGGCAAGCGACCCGCUUGUGUCAGAAGAUCACAGGCAGCCAGAUCGUGUCAGUAAUUUCCCCGCGCCUCUGUCAUCUGCAUUUGUUACUAGCACUUGUAGUGUAUUAGAGACAGUGGAAGAUGACGAUAUGCUUGGCCUUGUUGAGCAAAGUAGCGUUAAAGUGGAUCUGCCAACCACGAAGCAGCUAACAUCCAUAGCAGCUGCUGGUAAAGAUGAACAACCACCGAUCAAUCGUCACACAGUCCCUCAUAAAUCCGAGGUUAUAGAUUUGUCAUCGCCCUCUCCUGGCUACAGAAUUAGUUUCCGCAGCAAGAAGAUAAGAGUUUCAACUAUUUGUCCUGAGAUAGUUGACUUGACAUAAUCUCCAAUUUUGUUUAAUCUGUAGAAUGUUAGUAAGGCAAAAAAAUAAAAUACAAAACACUUGUCUGCUUUAUAAAUUGUUGUACAAUUGUUUUUAGGUUAGCC